AUGCUUCCUUCGCUACAAGGUGACUUUCAAUUACCAUCACAUCUUGAACUUGAUCAACUUGUAUAUAACGUAGAGUUAUUGGAAACUUGGAGAUCCAAAGAUUUGAUAACUUGUUCAGCAAUAUGGUUUUUAGACGAAGAACGGAGAAGGAUCUCUCCACUUUAUGUAAAAAGUGAUCAGAUUUCCGAUCUAAACAUGCUAAAUAACAUAUCGAACCGAGAAUUGAUUAAAAAAUCAAGAGAAAACCUCUUCUCAUAUCCGAUUUCUAAUCUUGAAAGCAACAUAGUUAUUUCAUUCUUUUUCGAUCCUAGCUGCGAACCACGAUAUUGCAGAAUUUGGAAUUCUUUAUAUGAUGAUAGUUCUUCAUUACGCCGUUUUAAGAUCUCACUCGGAGAUUCACCAAUUAUUACAUGGGAAGUUCCAUUAAAAUAUGGUACGGAAGUUUCCUUAGUUCAUAAUACACCGUUGAGCUUAAAAACAAAGCAAACGCUCUCACAAAUAUUUGUAGAGCAGCAGCGAAAACAUCCCAUUCAUGACUCAUUAGGUGCAUUACCAAUAAGGAGAGUUCACAGUAUUUCUUUCAAAUUUUUGAGAAAUUAUGGUGAUAAAGAUAUGUUCGGAUUUAACGGAAUGGAAAUUUUAGAUGAAAAUGGCACACCAUUUACCUCUCACGACAUUGAAGAAAUUUUCUUCGAAAAUACAAUUGAUUUCACGAACCCGACUUCAAUCAUUCAAAAAGACUCAAUAACAGGGACAUUUUCUGAUCCAUUUUUAAUGCAAGUUUCAGAUCCUUAUCAACAGCCUAAGAUGCUCAUAAAAUUGAAAAAGUCUAAAUACGUAAGCGGAAUAGAGUUUUAUAACUUAGUAAUUCCAGGACACAAUGAUAUAGGAAUUAAGCUUGCUACAGUAUCACUGGAUAAUGAACAGUACUGGGUCGGAAGAUUUCCGAAAUCAUCCUCAAAGCAUAUUUAUUUGGCCGAUUCUCACAGCAAAGAAGAAAAUUCCAAUAGUAUCUUAUGCGAGUAG